CAUUACUUUCAUGAAGGCAGGCUUCAUUGCUAAGCUGUUGCAUUAGACUCUGACAACAUAGACUGACAACUGAGUGUGUCACACAAACACGUGAACUCGAACCCACCUUGUUGUGGGCAUCUGUGUGGCGGAUUACAUUCCUCAGCAAGGUCUUCCCCAGCGGCUGCUUUGACAUGGUGACACCUGGCAUGAGACUCGUGAAUAUGCUGCUGCAGAGGAUUUGAACGUGCUGUUAUAUCUGAUUGUGCGACGUGGAGACUCCUCUGGUUGCUGCUUUCAGGGCUGUUCCCCUCCCUGCUGCCCCUGGCUGUGUUUGGGCUAUGGUCCUAACUGAGAAGCAGGGCAUCACCCAGAUGCGGCGCUCCGACUGUAUGGGAGGUUAAGCCUGUAAUCACCAGCAUGGGAGCUAAACAGAUGAAAUGUCUCAGCUCAGCCAGCCCUGCUCACUCCCCCAAAGAGGAGUAUGUUAUCACCCAGUCCACUGACACCGCUAAAGAAGAAACAGUCCAUGAUCAGUCUGAGGACCAGGGGGAACCUCGAGAUGACAAAUCUGAGCUGACAGAGAAGAAAUCUGUCACAGAGGAGGUGUCUCUCUGUGGAUUGUGUCCCUCCCUUGGGCUCAAUGGGCAGGGGGAAGAGAAGUCCUGGGAGGAGCAGCUGGACGCCCACCAGGAACAGCUGGAGAAAGAGAUGCAGGAGGCCAGGAGGAUGGUAUUCCGCCUACAGGCUUUGCUGCUCCAUGGCUCCCUCCCUGAAGAGGACCAGGAUGGAUCUGUGAGCUUCGGAGAUAACCGGGCGAACGCCGAACAGCAGCUGGUUCUAAUCCGCAGUCGUCUGGACCAAAGCAUGGAGGAAGCCCUUGAUCUCAAGAGGGAACUCCUGAGACACAAACAAGAGGCACGCCACAUUCAGGCCAUCAAGGAUGCUCUGCAGCAGCGCCUGGCAGUGCAGGAGGAUGCUGUGCUGCAGCUAAAGCAGGAACUACUGAGGUGCAACAUGGCCAAAGAUCAGCUGGAAGGGGAAAAUGCAGAGCUCAAACAAAAGCUGAGUGAACGGAACAAAUUACUCAGUGAAUAUGAGCAGCAGCUCGGGAGGAAGGACAGAAUACUGCAGCAACAGCAACAAAAGCUUGAUGAAGCUCAGCAUAAAGCACAUGAAAUCAGCCUUGUGCGGUCAUUCAGGAGUGAAAGUGGUGGUUACAGUAACUCAGUGGCGUCGACAUCUCCUCCAGCAUUUCAACACAACGCACCGGGUGAAGAGCUGCAGCUGGUGAGGGAGGCACUGCGCAGUUUGAGGGACGGUUUUUCUGGCCAUGAUCCCCAACAUCACACCCUGGACACUCUGGAACAGGGUGUGUCCAGUCUCAUGGACCGAUUACACUCUUUGGAUACCCAGCGCAGACAGGACAGAGGGGAGGAAUUUAAAUCACCAGGACGCAGAGCCAACUCGACAGACCGAGACUCCUGGCCGCCGAGCUCAAAAAUGGCGCACUCACACAGCAGCCCGGGAUUGGACACCGCUGUCUCCACUAAAGUGCUCUACUUCACUGAUCGCUCGCUCACUCCAUUUCUGAUUAACAUCCCAAAAAGGCUGGGUGAGGUGACACUGCGAGACUUCAAGGCCGCUGUAGACAGACAGGGCAGUUUCAGAUACCACUUCAAGGCCCUUGACCCAGAGUUUGGCACAGUGAAGGAGGAGGUAUUCCAGGACGGGGCAGUCGUACCAGGCUGGGAGGGGAAGAUUGUAGCGUGGGUGGAGGAGGACCAUGGAGAAAGGAGGUAGAGGCCAAAAACCAGAGAUCACCAUUACAAACCUCAGUUGUUCCCACUGGACCAGAAUUUCACUGAAAAAAUACUUGUUGCCAUAAGAAAGAAUAAUUAUAAUACAAAUAACUGGGACCAAUGGCGCCAACACCAUUUCAGUAUAAAACCAUGUUUUAAAAGUGAAUGUUUCAUAUGAAGAAUUUGACUUGAAUUUGACAUUUGACUACCACUUUUUUUGUGAAGGAAUAAUUAGACUUUGUUUGCAGCUCAUAAAUUAAUGUGGGACUACCAGUUCAUGGUCAGUAAUGUUACUUGAAGCUCUGAAUUAUAAAGAAAGCGAAUGUGAUUUAGAACAAAUAACACAUGAUAAGCUGUGCUCUAAAAUCUGUAACCAGUGCAUAGUAUGCAACCCUUUCAAUAAAAGUGCUGACUGACAUUUUUCACGUUCCAGAUUGCCAAAUAGUGAUGUUGUUCUGCAUCAAUUCUGAUGUUUUAAUAAAUAUGAAUUAUUCCAUGGA